AUGCUGUUUGAAGUGAAACAUUUACUUUUGCUUGCGGUCGUCGUGAUAUUUCUAACAGGACAAACAAUGAUUCUCGAUACAUAUAAUAUCGUAUUCUACGCUUUACUUGUAUUCGUAGCAUUUUAUUUCUACUGCAGCUACAAACUCAAUUACUGGAGGAGACGAGGAGUGCAGCAAUUAAAGAAUACAAAUUUAUUAUUUGGCGAUUUCAAAAAGGGAAUCUUGUUCCAAUCACCACCCGGAUACCACAUGGGAAAUUUAUACAGACAAUCUCCACGAGACGCGCCUUUCGUGGGAUUCUAUAUCUUUCAUAAACCCUGUCUCCUUCUAAAAGACUCAGAAGUAAUAAAACAGAUACUAUCUCGCGAUUUCGAAAACUUUUCCGAUCGUUCCUUCUCCGGAUCUGAGCAGAAGGACAGUUCCGGCAUGAUCAAUUUGUUUGGAUUAAGGAAUCCCGCGUGGAGGUCCCUAAGAAAGAAGAUAACUCCAACGUUCACUUUGUGCAAGCUUAAGCAACUGCUCACGUUUAUGACCGAGUCUGGAGAUCCGAUGAUGGAAUUCCUCUGUAAGAACGUUGAUGAGGACGGCGAAGUGAAAGUAAUAGACGUUCAAGAUACGUGCUACAAAUACACGGCUGAUUUGUUCGCGAAUGUUUCUUUAGGCUCGAGAACUGAUUCGUUCAAUGACAAGAAUUCGGAUUACCUUAGAUAUUUUAAGAAGUAUUUCCACUCAUUUAGACGAAUGAUUGCUAUCGUCACUGUAUUUUUUAUACCAGAGCUCGUUAAAGUGGUUGGAUCGUCAAUACUUUUUGAUUCCACUUACUUACGUAAAUUAUUCUGGAGCGCAGUAAGAUUAAGGGAAAAAAGUGGAAUCAAAAGAGGAGACUUCCUAGAUACACUCAUACAACUAAAGAAUGAGGAACAGGAUCCACUUUAUGAAUUCAAUGAACACAAUCUUUUUUCACAAACCGGCACAUACUUGGCUGGACUCGAGACGAGUUCAAAUGUAACAGCGUUCACUCUAAUGGAAUUAGCCAAAAAUAGUGAAUACCAGGACAGAGCUAGAGAAUGUAUUAAAACAGCAAUUGCCCAACACGGAUGGACUGUGGAGGCUUUUAACAAUAUGAAAUACUUGGAUCAGGUCAUAGCUGAAGGACUCAGGCUGCAUCCAUCCGUUUCCACAUUAGACCGCGAAGCUUUGCAUGAUUACAAGAUACCAAACACAGAUAUAGUUAUUGAAGCUGGUACUGCUGUAUACAUUUCACUUUUUGGGACACACCGUGACCCUAAAUUCUUUGAUCGUCCAGAGGAAUUUGAUCCCGACCGUUUCACUGAAGAUAAGAAGGUUUCAGACAAUUACCUAGCCUUCGGUUCUGGGCCAAGACAGUGUAUAGGUGUAAAAGCUGGUCAACUCUACAUGAAAGUUGUCUUGUCUAUGAUUCUACUCAAGUAUAAAUUGAAUCAUAAACAAACUGAGGAUUUGCAGCUAGACAGAAGAGCAACAUUUACCACCGCGGCUAAAGGAAUUAAUUUAGAAUUUGUUAAAAUACAAUAA